GGAGGGUUUACGUCAGGAAAAGCGCCUCUGUAAAACUGCUGUUUUAAAGAAGGAGGAGAGGGACAGGGGUAGAAGGAGCCCAAAUUAUCUUAAGUAGCGUUGGUUAUAACUCUUUGAUAUCUCGUGGAGAUUGUGUUAAUGACAGAUGCAAUUUCAUUGGCCCGGCAUGGAUGUCCUGUCACAUUUCAACAGAAUACAUUGAAGCUAUUCAACUUGUAAAACUAAAGAUAAACAGAGAAUCUAAUUCUAUUUAAUCAGUCAAGAAAGUAUUUGAAUUUUCUUCAACAAUGCAUGGAAGCUCACGGUCGAUGAGUAAAGUAGAAGAAAGUAACCAGAGUCCUGGACGCUCGCCAAGACUACCAAGGUCACCGCGCCUUGGUCACCGUCGAACAAACAGCACUGGAGGUAGUUCUGGUACCAGUGCUGCUAGUAGUGGUGGGAAAACCCUGUCCAUGGAGAAUAUCCAAUCACUCAAUGCUGCAUAUGCUACAUCUGGCCCCAUGUACUUAAGUGACCAUGAUCAUGUUGGUGUAGAUUCCCCCAAGUCUACAAUGACACUGGGUAGAGCUUCUGGACGCCUACCAUUUGGUGUUAGGAUGACUACGAUGGGAAGCAGCCCAAAUAUUGCCACAAGUGGUGUGGCUAGUGAUACUAUAGCUUUUGGAGAACAUCACCUACCAACAACAAGCCUAGCAUCUACUGUACCACACUCAUUGCGGCAGGCAAGGGAUAAUACAAUUAUGGAUCUGCAAUCACAGUUGAAGGAAGUUCUUCGUGAGAAUGACAUGCUUCGGAAAGAAGUUGAUAUGAAAGAGGGCAAGCUCAGCUCUUCUAUGAAUAGUAUCAAAACCUUUUGGAGUCCUGAGCUGAAGAAGGAGCGAGCACUUCGUAAAGAUGAAGUGGCUAAGAUGACUGUUUGGAAAGAGCAAUUUCGAGUUCUACAGGAUGAAAAUCAGCACCUUCAGAUGACCAUUCAGGCAUUGCAGGAUGAACUGCGCAUUCAACGGGAUCUGAACCAACUCCUCCAGCAGGAUAGCAGCAGCAGAUCAAGCGAACCAUUUGUUGCUGAGCUGACUGAAGAAAAUUUCCACCAUCUUCAUGCCGAACAUGAGCGUCAGGCCAAGGAGCUAUUCCUAUUGCGCAAGACUUUGGAAGAAAUGGAGUUGCGCAUUGAGACUCAGAAACAAACCCUCAGUGCUCGCGAUGAGUCAAUUAAAAAACUCCUGGAGAUGCUACAGAGCAAAGGACUCUCCUCAAAGGCAAUAGAAGAAGACCAUGAGCGAAUACGGAGUCUAGCUGAAGCAGAGAUGCUUGUGAACCAGUUGGAAAACAUAAUUGAACAAAAAGAAAAAGAAAAUCAUCAGCUAAGAGAAGAAUUUCAACGGAGAUGCGAAGUGGCACCAGAAUCGGCCAAGACAAAAGCAUUGCAAACGGUCAUUGAAAUGAAGGAUAGUAAAAUCUCCUCAUUGGAGCGGAAUAUUCAAGAUCUUGAGGAUGAGAUACAGAUGCUUAAAUCCAAUGGAGCACUGAGCACUGAGGAGCGAGAAGAGGAGAUGAAACAGAUGGAAGUAUACAGGAGCCAUUCCAAGUUUAUGAAGAAUAAGGUAGAACAAUUGAAAGAAGAGCUAAAUUCCAAAGGGAUCCAGACUGAAGAGCUAAGAAAAAAAGUAUCUGCUCUCCAGCUCGAGGUCUCUGCCGUAGAUCAAGUGAAACAGGAACUUUCCAGAAAGGAAACGGAUCUACUUGCUUUGCAAACCAAACUUGAAACGUUGGCAAACCAAUUUUCAGACAGCAAGCAGCAUGUGGAAGUGCUGAAAGAAUCGCUCACAGCAAAGGAACAGAGAGCUGCCAUUCUGCAGACUGAGGUUGAUGCAUUGCGCUUACGCCUUGAAGAGAAGGAAAGCAUGUUGAAUAAGAAGUCUAAGCAGAUGCAAGAGAUGGCUGAGGAAAAGGGGACCCUGUCUGGAGAAAUUCAUGAUCUCAAGGACAUGAUGGAAGUUAAAGAGCGUAAAGUUAUUGUCUUGCAGAAGAAGAUUGAGAAUUUGCAGGAACAACUCAGGGAUAAAGAAAGGCAAAUGAAUAGUUUAAAAGAGCGUGUAAAAUCAUUGCAGGCUGACACCACAAAUACAGAUACUGCCCUAACUACCCUAGAGGAAGCUCUUGGAGAGAAGGAGAGAAUAAUUGAGCGGCUUAAAGACCAAAGAGAAAGAGAUGAAAGAGAAAAGCAAGACGAAAUUGAUGGUUACAAGAAGGAGUUAAAAGAAAUUAAAGAAAAGUUCACCAACCACCAACGAGAUCUCUCAGAAAAAGAGGCGUUGUUGCUGGAACUUAAAGAACAUGCAUCAUCUUUGGCAUCAUCUGGAUUGAAGAAGGAUUCCAAGCUAAAAACACUGGAGAUGGCUCUUGAACAGAAGAAGGAGGAAUGUAUGAAAUUAGAAGAACAGCUACAUAAGUCCCUUGAGGCUUCAAAUGAAGGACAAGCCACUGCUGAACUCCAUGAACGUAUCUGGCAAUUGGAGAACGUGGUGGCACAGAAUAGAGAUGAGGCGAACAAAGGCCAAGCAGAAGUUGACAGACUGCUUGAGAUUUUAAAGGAAAUGGAAAAUGAAAAAAAUGACAAAGAUAAGAAGAUAGCAGAACUGGAGAAGCAGAUGAAGGAACAAAGCAAGAAACUGGCCAACCUAAAGCAUAAAGAACAAGUGGAAAAGAAAAAAAAUGCCCAACUGUUAGAAGAAGCACGCCGAAGGGAAGAUAAUUUAGCUGAUGGCUCCCAUCAACUUCAGGAUACUUUACGACAAAAAGAUGACCGGAUCGAAGAAUUAGAGGAGGCUUUACGGGAGAGUGUACAGAUUACAGCAGAACGUGAGAUGGUCUUAGCACAAGAAGAAGCUGCUAGAAAUGAUUCUGAGAAACAGGUAGAAGAGUUAAUGGUAGCUAUGGAAAAAGUGAAACAAGAACUGGAAUUGAUGAAAGCAAAGCUCUCCUCUACCCAGCAGUCCCUUGCAGAAAAGGAAGCCCACCUCACUAACCUACGUGCUGAGAGACGGAAACAUCUUGAAGAAGUCCUGGAAAUGAAACAAGAAGCACUAUUAGCAGCCAUCAGUGAAAAGGACGCUAAUAUUGCUCUACUGGAACUCUCCUCAUCUAAGAAAAAGAAGACACAGGAGGAGGUGGCAUCACUGAAGAGGGAGAAGGAUAGAUUGGUGCAACAGCUCAAACAACAGACCCAGAACAGAAUGAAGCUGAUGGCAGAUAAUUAUGAGGAUGACCAUUUGAAAUCCUCAGCACAAGCUGAGCAGACAAACCAUAAACCCUCUCCAGAACAGAUCGUCCAGUCACUGUUAGAACUGAACCAAAAUCGCAGUAAACUGAAGCUGUACAUAGGACACCUCAUGGCUUUGUGUCAGGACCGCGACUCACAAAUUCUUCAAGGAUUGACACCACCAGCAGCAUAUGGUGGUAUUGAUAACAAUAGGGCAAUGUGGGAGGAAGCACUGCAGAAGAUGAGCUCAGAGCAGCUGAAUGCUGAGCUUGAACAGUGUGAAAAGGAAAGUUCCCAACUUCAGGACUACGCCAACACUAUUCUUCAGCAGAUUGCAGACCACUGCCCUGACAUCCUUGAACUGGUAGUCAAUGCCUUAGAAGAAUCCUCGUGAGUCACCGUGAUUGGACAUCAGUGCUGAGCUAAGAAACAAUGUUCCUGUAGUUUUUUAGAAUUUAUAUUCUUUUCUGUAAAAUUUACUAUGGUCACAUGACAUUGACCACACUUAUUGCAGUGAACAUUCUAUGCAACUUUUAGUAAAAGCAAAGGUAAAGCACCAAGUUACAACUGUUUCCAUUGAACCCUUUAGAUUCUAAUAUAACAUUAAACCCCCAAAUGGUACAAACUUAAAGGGGUGUGCAUAUGUGGAAUUUCGUAAUUGUCUUGGAAUGUUUUUGAGUUUCAUAUUUUUAACACUAAAUACUGUGUCUUGAUUCCAAUGUCACAUUUCCUAAAUGAUAUAUAGAAGUUCCCUUGAUAAUGGGCAGGUUCCAUUCCACAUCUCUUUGCACAAAUUCAGGUGAAAUACUGACCAAUUCUCCAUGGAAUUCCAUGGAAUAGUGAUUGGACCUGACCAUUCUUUCAAUUGGUGUGCCUGAGAUAUUUUCUUAAUGGAAGCAGUUGUCCUUCCUUAUUUUUACCAGGUACCUCAAAGGACCUAGACACUUAAACAAGUUUCAUUCAGCAUUUCUGGGUUCUAAAGAGUUGAUGCAAUUGCAGGUCCAAUACAGCUCUGGAUGGUAUCAAUACUGUUAAUGAACAUGGUGCAAAAGUACAGAAAUCCAUAGCUAUAAAUUUGUAAAAAAGACUCUGUAAGUUUCUUUAUUAAUAAAAUGGAACUUCCAUUCUCUGCCACACAGUAAGCAAUGGAAAUUGGCAGAUGUUCAAGAACCUCCAGAUUUUGGCUUUCUGCUGAGGAAAUAAAAGCAACACAUGAAAAUAAUAUGAAUUGCAUGGACAGUUGUAGGUAGUUUAUGCUAUUCAUUAGGAGAAUAACUUUAGUGGGCUACAAUAUAAGUUUAUUUCUCAUGCAAUCAAUUGGCCUUUGAAAAUUCUCACAUAUAAUUGGGAAGACAAUUAUUUAAUUAGAGUGUAAAUAACAGAGAUUGCACCAUGUGGCAGAAAGACUGUUGUAACUUAAAUCCUCACAAAGCAAGAACUUAAAGCACAGCACUGCCAAAUCUGUACUUGUCAGUCCAUCUAUGCAACCUUGCAUUUGUGUACAACAUCCUGCUGUCCAGCAUUACACUCUUAAAAUAUUAGUCUGGAGUGCAAUGCUGCAUUCUGAUUUACUAGUGCAAUUGUUGGCAUUUUAUUGCGUGAUUUUAGUCAUGCCAUGGAGUGCUUCUACAUGAAUGCACUCUGAGUGUGUUAAAACAGUUAAAAUUUUGCAUCAUUGUGGCCUUUUAAAGCUUAACAAAUGGGGCAGUGGUGGUCAAAACAGUGCAGCUCUGUCCACCAAAUCCUGCUAAGGAUCCUUUGAGUGAGACGUGUAGUAGAGGGAAACUGCUGUCCAAAAUGUUGCAGUCAGCUAGCUAUGACCGAUCCAUUGGUGACACCAAUGAACCCCAGUUUCAGAAAAGGCUAUGGGAAUCUAUCUUACAUUUGAUCAAUUUUAUACAGCACUGUGCAAAAGUCUGAGGCAUAUAUAUAGCUAUGAUGCCUAAGAUUUUUGUACAGUACUGUAUUUGUUGAUGUGGAGAGGAGAGCAAGUCUGUAAAUCUUCCAGGAGCAAAGGGUGUUGAGUAUGGUGAGGGUGGAGUACCAUGGGAGGAGUGUAGGACAGGUAGCAGAGAAGGAUUACUAGGGGUGGGCUGGGAAAGAAGGGUGGCAUGGGUGCAGAUACACUCAGCCCUGAGACACCAGACAAGUUCACUCGAUUCCAAACAUUGGUUUAUUGAUCAUUACAGAAUGUCUUACUGGGGCUUGCUGCACCCUCCCAUCUUCCCAACCAUGAUAGCUCUCUCCCUGUCCCCUUCCCAUUCUCAGUCCACAAUAAAGACACAUAUCAGAAUCAGGUUUAUCAUCACUCACAGACAUCACAAUUUUUUUUUGGGACAGCAGUAGAUAAAAUUACUAAAGUACUGACCAAAAGAUUUAAGCACCCUAGCUAAAUCUUUGUGCCUAAGACGUCUGCACAGUGCUGUACAUACAUUAAUUCAAGUAUUCUAAUUGGAUCAGCGGUCUGAAUCCUGUACAUUAUGUUUUAAUGUUUACAGUUUUACAAUGGCUGUGGCAUUAUCAUCAGUCAUUUUAAUCUAAUGCCUCAAAUUUUAAAACUCUCAAGCCAUCUGUUGGACAUUGGCAUUCCUCUUCCCGUAAUAUUUAAUAGUAAUGAACAGACAAAAAGUUUAAUAGAUGUCCUUGUCUCAAAAUGUGGCAAUCAGUAGCAAUAACUACUGAUGCUGAAACUCACCAAAAAUCUAUAUGAAUGAAUGAUUAAUGAUGAACACAGAAAGAAUAAUUUCUGAGUUAUAACUUGAGAAAUGAAUAGGAAUGAUUUUGUGCAAAGGAGAACUGUUAAUGUAGGUACUACAUUGUAUUACACAGGAUCAAAUAACUUCAAGCUGAAGUUAGAGAGUUUAAAUAACUUAAGCCACUGGAAAAAAAAGGAGUCAAGUAAUAAGAGUUAUACAGUGUGGGGGGGGGGGGAAGCUCUUUGGCCAGUUGAAACCAUUCUGACCAUCAACCUCCUUGCAGAAACACAUUUAGUUAGAUCUAUAUCAAGGCUGUUAAUGAAAAGCAUUUUAAUGAAUAUCAUUUUGGUAUUUGAUUUGAAACCUCUAAAAGAAACUUUUAUGCAAAAAAAUGCUAAAUUUACCUUUUGCUUUUUGUUAACUGAUAGAAAUAAAUUAUAGCUUAAAACUUUAAAACUUGCAGAUAUGCCUCAAGAACUCAAAUUUGUCUGUGUUAGACUUGCAGAAUAAUAUACAAUUCUGUAAAUUGUGAAAAGGGUUUCUUAUUGGAUCCAACUCCCCAACAUACCUCCCAUGAAUAUACAAGGAAAUGUUGUUUGCUGUGAAAUUAUAAUGUAAAUAAAUAGAGAAAAUUCUAUGGCAUUUCAUCAUCAUUAGCCUAAAUCCUACUCCAAAAGAAGGUGACUAUAUUAUUCCUUAAAUAUUUACCUUGUUAUUUUGAGGUGAAACCCUCUUGAUUCUUAGCAUGAGUGCACUCUGAUCAUUGAUUGUCAAUCAUCAUCCAGACUUCUUUGAAGUUCUUUCUACCUAGGACAAUGUGAUAUAUGAGAGUUGCCCAGAAAUAAGUUUAUCUCCAGUGUCCUUUCAUUUGCUCCCUGUUAAACAUGCAAAAUCCUGCAUAUACUGAGCAGGUCAGGCACUGCCUGUGAAGAAACAUUUUGAGUCAAUGUCUUUUCAUCAAAACUGUGCAUUUUAUUGGUUUCUCUUGCUAGAACAGGCUGCAAUGAAAGCAAGAAAUUUCUGUUUAAUUUUGCUGUUUACAUGGUUGUAGCUUUAGAUGGAUUGUAUUUCCAGUUCUUUAAUGAAAUAAUCAAGGAAAUUUUAAUUUAGCAGAUAUUACAGUUACAUCAUUAGUGAUUUAAUUUGCGAAAUUAGUUUUGAAAUACAGGUAACAAUAACACUGAUAUUCUGUAGACAACGUGCCACAGGUCACAGAUGUCUAUUUGAAAGCUCCAAUUUCAUUGAGCACAUCAAAUGGGAAAGAUUACACCUACUAAUUGAAUCAGGCCAUACGAAUCAUUCAGUUUGUUUUGCAGUUUUUUGUGAGAAUUUUGGAAACUUGAAAAAUCUAGAUUUUCCAGAGUAAUUUUAAUCUUACAAUACACAGUUUUCUGUAUGGUUCUGGUCACCACACUGUGCGAAGGGUAUGGUAGCAAUAGAGAGAAUACGAAAUGAGAUUCAUUAGGAUGUUGCUUGGAAUGGAGGUCUGUAGUUGUAAGAAGGGACCAGACAGAUUGGGUUUAAUAACACUGGAAUGUAGGAAGCUGAGGGAUAACCUUACAGUGAUUUGCAAAAUUAUGAGGAAUACUAACAGGAUAGGUAGUAAAAAUCUUUCUUCCAGGUCCAGAGAGUCUAGAAGGCACAAGUUGAAGGUGAGAGGGAGGAAAGUUAAUGGAGAUUUAAGGGAGAAGUAUUUCACUCAGAGGAAUUAAGUUUCAAAGUAAAUUUAUUUUCAAAGUACGUAUAAUACAACCCUGAGAUUCAUUUUCUUGUGGGAUAACUCAAUAAAUCCAUAGAAUAAUAACUAUAACAAAAUCAAUGAAAGACUGCACCAAUAUGGGCAUUCAACCAUUGUGCAAAAGACAACAAAUUGUCCAAAUAUAAAAAGAAAUAAAUAAUAAUGAUGAAUAAAUAAGCAAUAAAUAUUGAGAACAUGAAAUGAGUCCUUGAAAGUGAGUCCAUAGGAUGUGGGAAUGUAUCAGUGAUGGGGCAAGUGAAGUUCUCACAUUUGGUUCAAGGCGGUGGAUAUUUGGAACAAGCUACUAGAGGAGGUAGUGGAGGCAGGGACUAUUAUGAUAUUUAAAAGGCAUUAGACAGAUAUAUGGAUAGGAAUAGAGUAGAGGAAUAUGGACAAAUGAAUGUCAACAAAUGAGAUUAAAGUAGAAGGGCAUUAUGGUUGACGUGGACAAAGUAGUCAGUUUCUAAGCCAUACAUUUAUAUAAUUCUUCAGUAUGGUUAAUUAUAACAAAUUAAUGCUAUUUAGUUAACAUGUUUUUCCUUCUCAUUCCUUUAUCGAAUGUCAGACAAAAAAAAAUCAGAAGGCAAAGCAAGCCAGGAAAGAAUUAAUGGAAGCUGCUUCUCUUUCUAGAAAACCAUGUAAAGGUGGUGGAAGACUUAUUCCCCAAUCACACAAAGAUAGGCAGCAUUUUAGGCAGUAUAGAUGCAAGCAUUAAUUGAAAAGCGAUUAAAAGAUUAUGUGAAUGAGCUAAACUAUAGCAAAUAGAUUUCAUUGGAAGCUGAGUCCAUCAAAGAAAGAUUGUAUAAAAAGCUGGAAGCAAUGGAAGUCCACAGAGGCUUGAGGUUCCAUGUAAUUAGGUCAUUAAGGUGCUGUGCAUAGGCAUAGAAAAAAAUCAAGAAGGCUAAUUGACUUUUAUUAAAAUACUGCCUAUAAAGAGCUAGAGAAAUUAUGCUCAGUUUCAUGAAGUUUUGGUUAAUCUCCCUUUACGUGCUAUGAAUGUUUUUGGCUACCAGAUUUUAGAAAGGAUGCAAUAGCUACCAAAACAAUACAUUCCCCAAAAAAUUCUAUUCUGAAAUGCAAUAUUUUGCAUAUUAUACAAUAGGUUCUAUUGGUGAAGCAGGAUUUGUAAAGGUCCACAAGUAUUAUCCAGGCAUUACUUAUCCAUGGUAUGAUUCCUUACUGAACACAACCAUGCACGUUUUGAAGUCAAUUCUGCAUGUAAUUCACAGUGAAUAGUCUUCUCCCACAACACAUAAAAUGAACUGUCUAUUCAAGGCUAUGCAGUCCAAUGCUUGUAACUACCCAGCUUAAGUAUAGGACAGCUUUAAGUGUGCUUAGUUCAUGCCAUAGGCUUCCUUUGGACCAAUGUACAGAUGGUGUACAGCCUCACUGGGCAGCAUUAGGAUCUACAGAUGUAGUGGGUCAUAGUAGAGUGUAGAGGUACACUGAGCCAUGAAGCUGUGUUUAAAGUGCACUGGGUGCUGCCUUCUAGUUAUUCAAGUUACAGUCACAAAGCUGGAAUAUGUGAUUUAUUAGCCAAUGGAUUACAAAAGUAUUUUACAUCAGGGAUGGCAGAUGACAAAAGCUAAUUGGGAAUUAUACUUGAAAUAAAAUAAGAGUACAAGGAGCGUUUAGUAAGUAACCACUUGUGGUUUACAAGGCAGUAAUUUUAGUGAGCUGGGCAAUAUAACAUGAAAAUAAAUCUCAAGUGUUUUGUGAAGAUCAACAGAUUGAACAAUUCCCGAAAUUCAUCACCCAACAAUAUUGUUGAUAGUUUUAUUCUUAAUGUUAUUUUUGGAGUAUUGAGGAUGAUAGGUGCUUACAUUUCUGAUAAAGACCAUUACCAAUGUUUCAUUUGCAGUAAAAGUAUGCAUCAUGGCCAGUGCUGCAAAAAUAUCAGACUUUUGGAAUUGCUCGAUUACUGGGAAACAAACCAAAUAAAAUGCUGUUGAACAAACUGUAUACAGUUGCUUAAAUUUUAAAAAGUAAUACAUUAACCAACAAAGGACAAGGCUAUACGUAAAAUAAGGAAUUAGGUUAUAUUUGAUUACCUCAAGUUUGAGUACACCUUGGUCCUCUGUAGCUCUGAAAUAAUCAGCUAAAAUUUCCACUUCUGGAUGCAAUCCAGUGAUUGCUGAUGGAAAAUAUAACCACAUUGGACUGGCAUUCUCUUUAUUCUGAUAUUAACUCUGCUGAGGCAAAGAGGUGUUGAGGAAACAUUAUGCACUCCCUAUAGGUACAAUAAAGAGCAUUCUCUUGAGACAAAUUUCAAAGUGAUAAUAUUAGGAUGCAGGGAAAAGAACAGAAACAUUACUGCAAUAGAAGCUGUCAGAUCUAGUACUAAGAGGAAAUUGUACUUUAUUCAACUUAAUCAUAUAACAACUCUUUAAUUAAACAUAUUUCCUCAAAGGAAAUAUAUUCAUAUUUUGUACCAAAGGUGUCCCCAAUAACAAAAGAAACAAUGUUUCUGGUGUUUCAGUCAUUCAUUUUAAAUGUCUGGUGAAGCAAUCAACAUUCCUUCAAUCCCAAUCCUACACUUGCAUACAACUUGCACACACCACACACAGUGAUUUUACAUGUAAACUAUCUGCUAGAUGCCCGAGUAACAGAGUAUCAUCAAACCAUUAAGUAAAUGUCACAAAGGAACUAACAUCCCUGCUGUAUCUAAUGCUGUUUUCAUAGUCUCAGCUGGAUCACUGCCAGAAUCAUCCUUCUGUGCCCUUGUUCUGUGUUUUUUUUUAACUUGCACUACAAAGUAAAUUGAACAGAGAACUAAAAUGGACUGAUAGUUUGCAGCUGGCGAAGUUGGUUUUUAAUUCUGAUGAAAAGUCAUUGAUCUAAAAAGUUUCUUUGUCCACAGAUGCUGCCUAACCUGCUGAAUAUCUCCAACAUUUUCUGUUUUUCUGAGAGUUCCCUUUCAGUGUUAUAAUACUUCGUUGUUGUGUUCUAUCACAAAUGCCUCAUUUUGAAGAAAUGGGUCAUAAUGGGUCAUAUUCAAAACUAUUCUCUUUUUUCCUCUCAAUAUGGGUUUUGUUAACUUUUCCUCCACAUCAGCUUUAUUUAAAAGAUGCCCAAUUACAUCUUUCUGUUGUUAUUAUUCCUCUUUGUUAUUAUCACAUUGAUAAAAUCCCAAAUCAAUAGUUAUGUUCAUAUAUCAGUUGUACCUGUGUUUAGUACAAUGUAUAUUUUGUACUUGAAUAUGAUACAGAUGGACUCAGUUGGAUGCACAUGACGCAGCCAGCACCUCACCUUUGUCCCUCAUUAGAUUCGUACAGCUGUAGUAACCUUUUGUCACUCUUUAUCUCCAAUUGAGUUGAAUGCUUUGCUGCCCAGGAACCAGUUCAGUCUCAAGCAGUCUGUAAGACCUAUCCGCAGGCCCCCAUAAUACUGUCAAUGGCUUUUUCUGCUGUUAAAAUAGAUUUAAAAAAAUAAUAAAACUACAUGAAUUCAUUAAUAACACUUUGAACUGAUAUAAAUAAAGUUAAAAUACCAAUAUUAAACAAAAUCUAAGAAAAAAAUGAACCAUUUAGCUCCACUUAUAUUUUCUAUCCAGGUGAGCAAUCCCAUUCAGAUGAAUGAGUCCCACUAGAUCAGGGGUUCCCAACCUUUUUUAUGCUAAAACCAUUAAGCAAGGUUUCCAAGGACCUCAGGUUGGGAACCCCUGCAUUAGAUAUAAGCUGAUGAACCUAUUAUGAAGUGAAGGUAGCUUCUGAGAUCGGCAUGUAGAGCUUCACCCUGGGACUUGGAGUUGAAUCCAGUGAUAGAGCAAAAGGUCAGGUGCAUCAGCUAAUAAUUCAUAGUAAAGGACUCGCCCAAGAUUCAAAAUCUUCAGAAUGACACCAUCAUUCUGCUUUUACAUGAGCCGUUACAGUUGCUUCAGUUCAUCAGCCCUAAGAAUGGAUGAAGCCUACAAUUCGGAAUCAGCCCUGACCCUUGCCAUUCUUGAGAAAAUCACAUCAGUUUAAUUAUACAGUAUUUCCAUUGCAUUAGAGCAACUUCCCAAUUUGUGCCUUGCCUUUCACAUUCAAUCCUGUCCUUCUAAUAAAAAAUACAAUUUGUGAAGUUCUUUGUAGUACAAAUAUUUUUGCUAUUAAUUACAUCUGUUUAAUAUAAGUCAUCAUUUCCAAUAAAAUUGAUAAGAACCAGAAGAGAAAUUUGGAAAAGGGGGACCUUUGGCUCUAUUUAUUUAUGAUGUAAUAGUACAAAAAUUUAAUCAGGAGUAAUUAAUUACUUCAUUGUCUCAACGGAAGAGCUAAAGUUUCCCAUUUCAUCAUCCAGCGGUUUGUUAAAUAGCUUUGAGCAUCUUGAUUCCAUUAUCCUUCCUGGAUAUAUAACCAUUGAUAACACUUUGAGUGAGGAAGAGUUGCUUGGUAUCAGUCCAAUUUUUAACUUCUAUUAAUCUGAAUCUAUGUCCCUUUGUCUGGCUGUUGCUGAUUAUGAAAUGUGGCGGUCCCAGUACACCACAUUUCAUAACCCCCUCCCCCUCCCUGCCAUUUCUGUACAAGCAUAUAUAGGCCUAAAGUCUAUUGUAGAGAAUGUUUAUGUGUGCUGUAUAAUAACAUAGGAUCAAAAAUUAACUUGGUACCAAGAGUUUCAAUCAUGCACUUCUACAAUUUUGCCCAAAGCUCUGUGAAUGUAAUCAUGGAGUCCAAUGGCCAUAUGCAGUAAUGUCAUACGGGUCCACCACAUGUCGCAACAUCAUUUGCACAAAAUUGUUCUGAUAAUUACAGUAUUUAAAUAGUUCCAUUUAAUAUCAGAGAAUGUAUACAAUACAUAAUCUGAAAUUCUUGUUCUUCACAGACAUUCAUGAAAACAGAAGAGUGCCCCAAAGAAUGAGUGACAGCAAAAUCAUUAGAACCCCAAAGCUCCCUACUCUCCUUUCCCACACACAAGCAGCAGCAAAACAAUGGCACUCCCACACCCCUCCCCCCACACAUUUAUUUCAGCAGAAAAUAUUAGAUUAUGAAGACACACAGUACUCUUUUAUUGUCAUUUAGUAAUGCAUGCAUUAAGAAAUGAUACAAUAUUUCCUCCGGUGUGACAUCACAAAACACAGGACAGACCAAGACUGAAAAAACUGACAAAACCACAUAAUUACAACAUAUAGUUAUAACAGUGCAACAAUACCAUAACGAUGAAGAAGUCCAUGAGCACAGUAAAAAGCUCAAAGUUUGUCAAAUGUCCCACAUCUCACGCAGACAGGAGAAGGAAGAAAAACUCUCCCUGCCAUGCCCGACCACGAUCGGUCUCUGAGUCAUCCAAAAAAUCCGAGCCUCCGAAUCAGCUCUCCAACACUGAGUACUGAGCGUCAUCUCUGUCCGAACGAUUUGACUUCAAUCUCGGUCGCCAACAGCAGGCAAAGCUGGGGAUUUUGUGGCCUUCCCUCCGGAAGAUUCUCGACCGCGCAGUAACGACAGCAGCGAAUGAGCGUUGCAGAAAUUUCUCUAGAUGUUCCUCUGUGCUUUCACAUCCGUCUCCAUCAAAUCAGAAUUGUCCACGGCCCCUAUUUAAUGGAUACAAUGUCUAUUUUCACCGGAGGGCUGCGCACGCGCGGCGCGCUGCUCUCUCUCCUCCCUCCUCCCAAAUAAAGCACAAUGUUGUGCCUCGCGCAAUAAAGCACAUCUAAGCUAAAGGGUGGUGCACUGUUACAGCAUUAGUUAAUGAGAACCCAAUUCUUCCACUCCUGCGAGGGCUUCUCCUUCCAGGUAGGUUCUCCUGACCUUUUCACCCAUCAUUCCACUGUUCUCCUAAGGAUUUGGAUUGCCAAACAAUGUUCUGAUCCCUGCCUAAUCCUCUCCCUGCUCAGUCCUUCUUAUCCCCAUUUGCAUGGCCUUCAUGCCCAAGCACCCCAAUUCUCUUGACCAGCAAGGCAAAUGCUUUCCCCAACCAAUCAUUUCAACAACCCCUGGCAGAUCCUCCUCCUCCUCCACACCAAACCGUUCCACCAUUACCUGCAUCUCUCCUUGCCUCAGUUCAGUUCUCAUAUCCUCCCACCUGCAUCUCCCAAUCUCUCAUCAAUAAUCUGCACCCCAACUAACCUCCUCAUGAGCUUUGCAAGGAAAUAGGCUGUGCAUACAAAUCCCAUUUUAUAGAAUAUGAUACUUUAGACAUCAAAUACUGAAAAACACUACUGACAUGGUUUUGCACAAACCACGUGGGCCCACAUGCAGUGUUGUUUUAAUACAUACUUUUCUACUUUCCUAGAUUAUGCACUCCCAAAGUUAAUCCUGAAUUCUAAUGAUUAUAAUUUAUCAAAUAGUAUUUUUGUUAUUCACUCAGUUUAUAAUAUUUGAAAAUAGUAUAAGUAGUCCAUGAAAUGAAUACCCAUUUACAUUUUAUUUGUUUAGGAACUGAAUUUAGUCAAUCUAGAGAGACCUGAGACAACACAACACAGCAGGACAGUAUUUACACUCUGUUCAUAUCUCCAUUGUAGUAGAUGGCCCAGUUUGUCAUGAAAAUGUAAAUCCUAUGAUACACAUAGAAGCAGAAUGUAAAUUUGAAAUAUUUUUCCUCACGGAGGUUACUCUUCCAUGAAAAUCCAGGCUCCCCACUCCUAAACUCAGAUCUCAUAAUUGUAACCACUCACACACUUGCUAACACCUGUGCAGGCUGGAUAUUGGGUAGCCUUACUCUUCAGAGUAUUAUCAGCUCACCAUUUUGACAGUUCAAUGCAAAAGAGACUUGCCUAAAAUUUUCAUUCCUAUUUUUGUUGUCAGUAACCAGCUGUUGCAUUCUUCUGCUUUGUCUCAUUAAUCUCAAAAUUAAUCCCAGUGAGUCAUGAUAAAUCAUGAAUACUGCCUUAGUUCUGCUGCUCUGGUCAUCUUUGCUCUUUGUACACUAGCAUCAUUUUCAACCCAAUCAAACUGAUAACCGCACAAGCUGGUCUAUUGGAACUUAAGAGAGAUACGAUGCUCAAACUGUCACAUAUUCCCAAACCUUAUAAAAGAAAAUGAUGUAGAUGUAUUAUUUUUUCUCAUGAAUACUUCAAACGUAGCUUGAUAACAAAUGGUUAUAGCUAAAGUACCCAAAUGUGAUUUGGACAAAGCUUGGUUCAGUGACGUUAUGAAUGGGGAAGGAGCGUAGACAUAACUCCAAUCAGAUGUUGUUGCAACAGAGAUAGUAACAUAAAACCACUUUUCUUGACAAUUACCAACAUCAUUGUCCAUAAUUUCAAGCCUACGAUGAGGAUGUUGAAGGAAUUUAACAGGAAUGCAUAAAAUGUAUUUACUCACAGUACAUUUCACCUUUAAGAUUUUGUAUUUGUCUGCUUUUAUGGACCAAGUAUGUUCGCAUGUAAUUCUCAGUUUAAACUAAGGCACUUUCUAUCCCAAUGCAACAAAAUUUUGGAUAAGGGCAAAAAAGUUCUGUACUUUGCCAAAGAACUUCCUUUACCAAUCUUCACCAAAUUAAUUGAUUACCGCUCUAAAUAUUACAGUGCCCCUGAGUUGGGACUCAGUUUUCCUAUGGGCUCCAUCACUAUUGAGACCUAUCUACACAGCUAAGUUCAUAGAGUUAACUGCUCAAGGAAUGCUCCAGGAAGCCAUUUGAUCAGAACCUUCACUCUUAUUGUGUGAUACUAUUUAUGAAUCUCUACGUAAUUACGUUCUCUCUAUUAAUUAGCAACUGUAAUUAGCAAUUUAUACUCUUAACAAGCUUUCUAGCCACACAUCAAUUAAAAUAACCAUAGCCAGUAAGGAAUCAUUUUUGGAACUCUAUUGAUGCAGCUGUGAGAUUAUCAUUAUCUGAAACUUCUAAAAUAAACUAAACUGCAAUAAUAGGCAUACGGUAAUUAAAAUGUGGUGAUUUAAAUGAGUUAGUGCAAGCCACUAUUUGUCCAGCCAUGAUAACUAGUUUCUAGGUCUAAAAGGUAGCCUUGUAAUGUCUGCCCUUUACAGGCCAGCUUUAAACAAUGGAGGAGAAAGAAAAUGAAGCAUGUUCUGAAUUAUUAUGUUCAGUCUGAUGGUUAAUCUGGUACUCAUCUCAGUAAUAAAAAAUGAUUAUACAACAUCAGAGAUCUUGUUUUAAUAGUGAGAUUAUUCUAUGAAUUUCCUUUGAUUCUAGUUCCAUAUACUUGCCACACCCAACUAUGAACUCUUGAUACUGUGAAGCCUAGGAGAAAGCAAUCACCAAUCUUUGAAAAGAAUAUUGAUUCACAUUUCUCUACCUGGUUUUUGAUCCAGUAUGUUUCUUUCAUUGCUUUAUAGUAGUUAGUUGAGACACAUUUGUCACACCAAACUUUAUUGGAACAAGUACUGAUUGAACUUACAAGAUUAGAAUAGAGUAAUACCAUUCUAAUACCAUUAGAAUAGAAUAAGAUCAUACCAACUUCUGGGAUUUCACACAGACCAAUAUCAAGCUAGAAACUUCCCCACUUCUGUAUUAUUCACAUCUUUUGAUUUUUUUUCUUCAAUUAUCAUGUAAGUACAAUCAUUUCAAAACAGCCUGUUCUUUCAUAUACUUCAUUCUUCUGGAAGAGGGCUUCAAUCUGGUGGAUUUUGCCAGAUACAGUUCUUGCAAUUAAGUUUUACUCUUCUGAAGGUCCGGAUUUUGUUGACACAGACAGGAUGUCUGUACUCACUGUCUCUGUGUACUCAAGCUCACCACUCAAUCCAAUUCACAAUCCUUUUAGAAUUGAAGCUGUCCACACCUGCACGCGGCAAGACCUAGACAGCAUUUAAGCAUGGGCUGAUAACACUUGGGCCUCACUAGGGCAGGCAAUUACUAUCUCCAAGAAGAGAAAGCCUAACCACCUACCGUUUAGAUUCAGAACCAUGAACAUGUUGGGAGAGUCACCACUGAGCACAAAUGCAACUGAAGCAGCCACAAAGUCAGAACAUUGCUAGAGGUUAUCUAAAUAUGAGUCAAAGCCAGGACCCUGAACACUGGCAUGGAUGGCCCAAAAUAGGCCCAACCUAUAAAAUUCCUCUUUCACGGCAAGAAACCACGCAGCCCAAUGACCAGUGUCAAAAAUGUUAAAAUACUAUUAAACAUGAAACAGUUUAUAAGUUAUAAUCAAUUCCAGUUCAAUUAAAGAUGCUUAAAAUUGCUUUUCUAUAAUUACAAGCAUUAAACAAGCCACAAAUAAUUGUGUUUCAUUUAUUCCUGGCAGUGACAUCAGUGAGCCCUUGGAUCCUGUGCCAGGAUAGCACUGGGAGAUUUCAGUGAAAUUUUGCAAAAUCGUUUAGCAUAAACCUGAAUUACCGCUUCACUAUGGAAGCCUGAUGCAGUGAAGCAGCUCUGCUGCUUGAGUCCAAUAGGGCAAUACAGUCAGAAGUUGCUAGAGGAGCUUGGCAGUAAGUUUGGGGCUUCCAUAUUUGCAUGGGAGUCCUAAAACUUACUGGUACUGAAAACUAAGAUGUCAGAGUUUUCCUGCAGAAAUGAAGUAUUUCCUGGCAAAAUCCAGUGUUUCAAGCAGAGAAAAAUUAAGUUUACUGAUGUAUGUCUUGCUAAGAGACUUCCUCUAAUAAUUCAUUUGUAAUGCCAAGUUUGUGGGUUUUAAGAAGAGUUUAAUGAUUUUUUCACAACUCUGUGUUUUGAGAAAGAUUUCUUGCCUGUAGUCAAGAGUCCAUAUGGUUGGAUGGAAGGUCAUCAAUUCAAAAUUGACACAUGGCGCUCAGGAAAAAUGCCUUUUACCAGACAACACACAAAAAUUGCUGGUGAAUGCAGCAGGCCA